GUUUCCCCAACUAUUCACCUUUGCCUCCCGCCAGCAUCGCAGCUUCACUAUGUCUGCUACAACUACGGUGGUUGAAUUUAGCCCAACCAAAGCUGCAGCUGCAGCACUUGCUAGCAUCGACCUUGCUGGGUAUGAUGCAGAGCAGUCCCGCCUUAUGGAUGAACGCUGUAUUUUGGUCGACGAGGAAGACCACCCUCUUGGAGCAGCGGACAAGAAGACAUGUCAUCUCAUGGAGAAUAUAAACAAGGGUCUUCUCCAUCGCGCUUUCUCUGCCUUCGUCUUUCGCCCAAGUGAUGGGCGCCUUCUCCUGCAGCAACGUGCGUCGGAGAAGAUAACAUUCCCAGAUAUGUGGACAAACACGUGCUGCUCGCAUCCUCUUGACGACUUUGAAGAGGAGAAAGAUAUGAAGGAUCAACGUGGUGUUCGGGUUGCAGCUAGUCGGAAACUUGAGCAUGAGCUAGGCAUUCCUCGCAGCCAGACACCCGUUGAUGAGUUCCAGUAUCUCACGCGGAUACACUAUUUGGCGCCGAGUACUGGGGUUUGGGGAGAGCAUGAAGUGGACUACAUCCUGUUCAUCACCGCGGACGUGGACGUAAAUCCAAACCCCAAUGAAAUUAGAGACCACAAAUACGUGAGCAAGGAAGAGCUACAGGCCAUGUUCGACGACCCUGCAAACUCGUUCACACCGUGGUUCAAGCUAAUUGCGCGUGAUUUCUUAUUUGGUUGGUGGGAUACGUUACUUUCUCGCAAGGAUGCCAGUGGCUGUGUGGUCGCCAAAAGCCUUGCCGGAGUUGCAGACGGAAGCAAAGUCAUUAAGAUGUUCUAAUUCUGCUCUAGAGUUUUGUAUAGAUAGUAAUUAUUGACUUUUUUGUUGGCCAUUU